GUUCAAGAGGAGAGAGAUUUGUUCAACGUUUUGCUAAUUUCUUUUUAUUUGACAAAGCGGAGAGGGACUCGAAUCAUAGUAAGAGGGGAGAGACUUGAAUUUUAUGAUACAAAGCUGGUCAGAGAUUUGUUCAUCGAAUCUAUCAUGUUUCGUGCACUCAAGAUCUUAAAUUCUUGAAGAAUUCCGCUUGAUUUUCUAUGAACAACUCAAAAUCUAUUUAAAAAUAAUUAACGAUUUGAAUCAUUUGUGUUAAACGAGACUCUGCUGGUCCAAGAGAAGCCUUUAGCUUGUCUUUUAAGUAGUAUCUUUCCUGAUUUCUGUUUCUUUUCAAAUUUCAAUGGCUUCAACUUUCAACCCCCAACCUCUCCCUCCAAAACCCUCCUCGACCCACUUCCAGAAAACCCCUCACCUCCUCGCCCACACUCUCCAAACCCCACCCAAAACCCUAACCCACCAACACCACCGAGACCCAAAACUCGUCAUCACAGGCGGCGCCACCCUCUCCGGCCACGUCCCCAUCAGCGGCUCCAAGAACUCCGCUCUCCCCAUCCUCGCCGCCACCCUUUGUUGCUCCGGCCAAACGAAGCUCAAGAACGUGCCUAACCUGUCCGAUACUCGGUCAAUGCUUUCGAUCUUGGGGUCCUUGGGAGCUGAAGUCGAGGUUUUCGGUGACGAAGUGGUGGUCAGUACUGACGGGGUUCGAUCGGUUGAGCCUUGUGAGGGUGAGAUUGGGAAGAUCAGAGGUGGGUUUUUGGUGAUUGGGCCGUUGCUGGGUCGGUUUGGCGAGGCCGUGGUUGGGUUACCGGGUGGGUGUGACAUUGGGGCUCGGCCCGUUGAUUUGCACAUUCGUGGGCUUCGUGCUCUUGGUGCCAGUGUGGAAUGCAGGGAUGGGAAAGUAAUUGCACAUGCUUCAAAUGGAAAAGGAUUGGUGGGGGGAAGGUUCCGACUUGAUUACCCCAGCGUGGGGGCAACUGAAACCCUUAUGAUGGCAGCUUGUAUGGCUGAUGGCGUGACCGUGCUUUCUAAUGUAGCUCAAGAACCCGAGGUGAUUGAUCUUGCUCAUUUUCUGAUGGACACUGGGGCAUUUGUGGAAGGUGCAGGCACUGACAAGCUACUUAUCAAGGGAAGGAGAAAGUUGCAUGAUUCUGAAUAUUCCAUAAUACCAGAUCGCAUUGAAGCUGGCACCUUCAUGCUUGCUGCUGCAAUUACUCGAUCUUGCAUCACAAUGUCACCCAUUGUUCCUUCCCAUUUAUCAUGUUUAAUAAACAAGCUGGUAACUGCUGGUUGCAAAAUUUUGCAAUGCACCCCCGACAUCUUGGAGUUUUCUGCAGUACCUGCAAAAAGUAGAGAUGGCUUACAUGGUUUUGAUGUUAGAACAAGCCCUUUUCCUGGAUUUCCAACCGAUCUCCAACCUCAGACAAUGGCACUGCUUACAACAUGCCAGGGUUUAAGUGUUGUGGAGGAAUCUGUGUUUGAGAACCGUAUGAACCAUGUGACAGAGAUGCAGAAGUUCGGCCCAAGAAUUCAAGUUUGUGGGAGCACCGCUUUGGUUUUUGGAAAAGACAGCGGAAGGUUGCAUGGUACUCGAGUUGCUGCAUCUGAUUUGAGAGGGGGUGUUUCACUGGUUUUGGCGGGAUUGGCUGCCCAAGGAACUACUGAGGUCAAUGGGAUUGCUCAUAUUGAUCGGGGUUAUGAAAAUUUAGAGAUGAAGCUUCGGCUUCUAGGAGCUGAUGUCAAACGACUUACGAUUCCACCGUAGCAAUGAGAUCAGCUCCCUUACUUGCGUGUGAAUUGGCAUCUAAAAGCCCAAAUUUUUCCGAGCAAUUCUACGGGACAUAGAUGUCCAGACAGAUCCUGACAUGAAUGUGAUCCGAGCUGUUGGGUGGACCCCACAAGAAACAUGUGGGAUGUAACCACAUCGGAGUGCUCGAAGCACAUAUGUGAUAUGUCUUAUUGUCUUCGGAUUUGUCUCCGUCUGUGUCCCAAUCAUUUUUCUGUAUUCCCAUACCACUAACCAACUGCCCAGUUUCUUAACGAAAUUGGUAUUGGGGCAUCUUUUGAAUCUGCUGGGGAUUUUUGGGUUAGAAGUAGGAUUGGAUCCCCAGAUCACUGUAACACAGUUCACUUCAGAAAGGGUUCUUUCAAAUAGUUAUGCCAUACCCCCGGUUGUUUAAAAAAGAAAA